GGGGCGCAGGGCGGGCGGCGGGUGUCGGGCGCGCAGUGCUCCUCGCGCAGGACCGGAGUGGUGUUCACUCGGCGGCGCGCCACGGCGCGACAUGCCCAGCUGAUGUUUAUUUAUACCGCGAGCUCGGAGGAGGGUGCGUGCGGAGGGCCCUCCCCGCGGCAGCACGGCGCCGCGUGAUGCAGCCGAGCGAGCUCGACACCGCGCACGCCGCUAGCGGAAACCCCCCGCAGCGUGGCCUCAACGGUGGCCGCUUCGACUUUGACGAUGGUGGAACUUAUUGUGGUGGAUGGGAGGACGGCAAGGCCCACGGGCACGGUGUGUGUACUGGACCCAAGGGCCAAGGCGCCUACGCGGGCUCCUGGCACUUCGGCUUCGAAGUUUCCGGCGUCUACACCUGGCCCAGUGGGAGUUCAUACGAGGGUCAAUGGCAGAACGGCAAGCGGCACGGGCUGGGCGUGGAGACCCGCGACCGCUGGCUGUACCGCGGCGAGUGGACACAGGGCUUCAAGGGCCGCUACGGGGUCCGCCAGAGCACAACUAGCAAUGCCAAGUACGAAGGCACCUGGGCUAGCGGUCUCCAAGAUGGAUACGGCUCAGAAACCUACGCCGAUGGCGGAACAUACCAAGGACAAUGGAUGCGAGGCCUGCGGCAUGGGUACGGUGUUCGCACCUCGGCGCCCUUCGGCCUCGCCUCACACUACCGAGGCACCUCGGGCGCGAGGCACGGCCACCGAGGGUCCAUGUCGUCCCUCACAGAGGCGGCUGGGACCCCGGACCCUUCGGACCGAAGGGCCACGCGGAUGGACGACGCGAGGGGCGGCUUCGUCCUCAAGGCUAGUUCUGACGAGCCAACACGGCGGGGGUCUCUCGUCGAGAAAACUAAAAAGGGAUUGUUAUCGAAAUUGCGCAAGCAGCGCAGUGCAGGCGAGUUGGACAAGCGUGGCACCGGCUCCGUCCGUUCGGGCGGCUCCGGCGGCUCGGGCUCCUCCUGGGUGUCCUCGGUAGAGAGUGCACACUCAGCCGUGACGCACGCCUCGCUGCAGACGAACUCCAACGCUAGCUUUGUCGUAGAGGAUGAACAUUUAGACGCCAGUGUAACUGAAACCUACAUGGGUGAGUGGAAGAACGACAAGCGCACAGGAUUCGGUGUCAGCGAGCGUAGCGAUGGUCUUCGGUACGAAGGCGAAUGGUUCGCAAACAGAAAGUAUGGUUACGGCGUAACUACAUUUCGAGACGGCACACGAGAGGAGGGCAAAUACAAGAAUAAUGUGCUAAUCACAAGCCAGAAGCGCAAACAUAUGUUCCUUAUGCGCUCAGCGAAAUUCCGAGAACGGGUUGACUCGGCAGUGAACGCAGCACAGCGCGCUUCGAAAAUAGCAAUGCAAAAGGCCGAUAUUGCUAUAUCUAGAACUGCUACUGCUCGAGGCAAAGCUGAACAAGCUGACGAAGCAGCGGACCAAGCAAAAGACGACUGUGAUAAUGCACAAAUGACUGCGAAGCAAUUCGCACCUGACUUUAAGCAUCCCGGUUUUGACAGAAUAGGAUUAAGGGAACGAUAUAGACAAAAGAAUUUCGACGUACAAGUAAAUACACCCGUAUCACAAGAAUCUGACAAGAUCUUGGAUGGGAAGAGCAUUCCAAAUCAUAUCCCUCCGACACAUCCCCAACUUCCUCAGAAUAGAGUUCCAAACGCUGUACCUUCUCGGCGACCUUCGGCACAAUAUCCUAAUGCACCAUAUCCCAAACCCGUGCAAUCUAUAGACCCAAGGCUUGGUAAUAAUACUAAUUAUACUACGGAUAAUAGAACACUUGGACCUUCAUAUGAUUCAUAUAAUUAUGGACCCAAUCAAAGUCAAACUCAGGAUAGCUGGUCAACGCCGAAUACACAGCAAAUACCUGAUAAUCAAAAGCCAUACAUGCCGAAUGAGCAAAUAAAUACUUAUGGCACAACAGCACAAGGUGGUCUUCAACCUCAACCUUCUUCAUAUCGUCUUAAUAGACAAGAGGGUUUACAACAACCACCUAUGGAUCAAAGUAGUCAACAAUACGUUAAUCAAGGCCGCAGACUAUCUGCAGUGAACAGACAAAUACCUAACCAAAGACCAACUCAAGAAUGGAACUCUCAAAUUGGCCCAAGAAGACAAAGCAUACUAGCUCAACCCACAAGCGGAUCUCAAGAGACUACAUACGUAGACCCGGCUGCCGUUACAUAUGGGCGAAAUGAAUUUAGAAGUGGAACUGUGCAUUCCGAAGGACCUCUUGAUAGACAAGCUGUGGCUCCUGAUUCACAAGCUUAUAGGCAAACUAUUGAUAACCAUGGAUAUCGACAAACUCUCGACCAACAAGGAUAUAGACAAGGUCCAGAUCAACAGAUGUAUCGUCAAGCACCUGUGGACCAACAACAGUAUAGACAGACAGGCCAAACAGAACAAGAAAUAAAUGGAGUAAUGCGGGCUCCAGGUCAAAGACCGUCUAUUGAUUAUUUUGAUCAUUACAAAAGGCCACCUAGUCGAGACGGAAGUGUAGAUCGUUAUGGUCGGCGUUCUAGACAACCCUCAGUGGAGGCUACUGCGCCCAGUGGAGGCUCACGCGCUGGUUCAGUGGCGCCACCACCCGCUUCGGUGUCCCGGCCAGCUUCGCGAGCAGCCACACCAGCAGGAAACGGGCAUUUAACGUCAGGCCGAGGCUCUAUAUCCAGAGCCAGUUCCCGAGAAAACCAGCCGUUCGAAGAAUCACUGUUGCGUAAAAGAAAUCUUGGACAAGAAAUUUCUCCUUCGCCUUACCAACCAAAGAGAACGGAGAGUUUAUUCGUGGCACCAAAUAUAGCAGCGCCGCCUCCCGCACCUAUAGGAGGAGGUGGGGGACGAAAGAUGCUGAGCACUCCACAAACGCUUCAGCGGAAGAAAUCGUUACCGGACGUGGCGGGGAUGCCACGUGCGAACGACGCGAUGUCUCGUGAGGAGGUGUCGGCGCUGGGCUCGGCUCGCCGCGAAGAAGUACGCAGAAUGCAUGAGGAAACGGAGAAAUUAAGAGCAAACCCAUUGCUCUAUUUAGUCAGUCCGCAAGUAAAGGACUGGUUCUCCCGGCAACAGCUAGUGAUCCUGGUGCUUUUCAUCAACAUCUCGCUGGGCAUCAUGUUCUUCAAGCUGCUGACGUAGCGCCGGCGACCGGCGCGCGCGCCUCCACCCCUCGACACAAUGCAUUCAAAUAUUGUAAAUAUUUGUAUGAGACAUAGCCAAGUUUGAUGUGAAAAAUGUUAACGUUACGUUUUAAUAUAUGACCCUUUUUCAUAACGAGUUACCAUUUUAAUUUAAACAAAAUCGUAUUUAUUUGACGCUAAGGACGGUGAAGACUUCGGUUUGCUAGUGUACUUUACUUUGACGUUGUGUAAGUGUGCAAAGUAUGACAAGAUUUCAAGUGAAAAUUCAUUUUACUUCACCUGCCGAACUUUUUUAAUUUCGUGAUGCGAGAGUGAUAUUUUGUGAACACUGAGCCUCCGAGUGUGAGAAGCACGAGUUGUUUAGGAACCUAAAAAUUAAAGGUUUAUUAUGCCUUUGAAAUGAUUCUUUAUAUCUUUAAUUAUUCGCCAGUUCAAAGACUCGAGCCUAAUAUCAUUUACGAGACAGAAUAAACGCUGAUGUUCGACACCGGCUGACCACAGACUGUCAACCAGUCUCGACCAUCAUCUUGCUUUAACGAAAAGUAUGUUAUCAAUCCCAUUCUAUCUUUGUCUAUAUUUCUUUUCAAUUUUACCUCUUUAUGAUACUAGAAAAAGUUUGAAAAAACGUUUAAAAAACUAAAAAAGUUUAAAAGAGAUCCCAUUGAAUACAGUGAAAAAAGUACAGAGAAAAUAAAUAAAAAAUUCUUUAGUAGCAGCAAAUUCUUUCCAUUAGUUCAAAGCUGCGUAUUCUGGAGUGAUAUUAUAGCACAAAGUAUGAUAGGAUAUGAAUAGAUAUUUUAAAAAUGUACAUAGAUGAAUUUAAACAUCUUUACAAAAAUACUUAUAUACACAUAAACUGUAGAAUAGCCUACUUGAUUCGCUUGUUGUAGGCCUGACAUAGAAAAGCAUAUGCUUUAUUUUCUUAUACUGUAAAAAAUUUAAGU